AUGGGAAUUCUUGAAAAGAUUGCUGAAAUUGAAAGAGAAAUAUCUCGUACUCAAAAAAAUAAAGCAACUGAAUAUCACCUUGGCUUAUUAAAAGCAAAACUAGCAAAAUAUAGAGUGCAGCUUUUGGAACCAUCAAAGGGCUCUAGUGCAAAAGGUGAAGGGUUCGAUGUUAUGAAAUCUGGGGAUGCACGAGUUGCAUUAAUUGGAUUUCCUUCAGUUGGUAAAUCAACUUUACUUAAUCGACUCACCAAGACUCAUUCUGAAGCUGGUGCAUAUGAAUUCACCACUUUAACAUGUAUCCCGGGCAAGAUUGAAUACAAUGGAGCGAAUAUUCAAUUACUUGAUUUACCUGGAAUUAUUGAAGGAGCUUCACAAGGUAAAGGUAGAGGAAGACAAGUAAUUGCUGUUGCGAGGACUGCAGAUUUAAUAUUGAUUAUGUUGGAUGCUACAAAAACCACACAACAAAAAAUGUUAUUAGAACGUGAAUUAGAAGCUGUGGGGAUUAGAUUAAAUAAAGAAAAACCAAAUGUUUAUUUCAAGGUUAAGAAAGGUGGUGGCAUUAGCUUUAAUGCCACUGUUAAAUUAAAUCAUUUAAAUGAAAAAAUGGUUUAUCAUAUUUUACAUGAUUACAAAAUCUUUAAUGCAGAAGUUUUGGUUAGAGAAGAUGUUACAGUGGAUGAAUUUAUUGAUGUGUGCUAUAACAAGAUUGAUUCUAUUACUUUGGAAGAAUUGGAUAAAUUAGCUCACGAGCCUAAUUCAUUAGUCAUUAGUUGUGAAAUGGAUUUGAACCUUGAUUUUCUUGUUGAUCAGAUUUGGAAGAAUUUAAAUUUAUUAAGAGUUUACACUAAAAAAAGAGGAGAAUAUCCUGAUUUUGGGAGUGGUUUAAUUGUUAGGAGAGGUGCAACUGUUGAACAUGUGUGUCAUGUCAUUCAUCGUUCCUUAGUUGAUGAAUUCAAAUAUGCUUUGGUUUGGGGAAUUUCUACUAAACAUAAUCCACAAAAAGUGGGUUUAACACAUAUUGUAGAAAAUGAGGAUGUUAUUCAAGAAUAUCCUGAUUUUGGGAGUGGUUUGAUUGUUAGGAGAGGUGCAACUGUUGAACAUGUGUGUCAUGUAAUUCAUCGUUCUUUAGUUGAUGAAUUCAAAUAUGCUUUGGUUUGGGGAAUUUCUACUAAACAUAAUCCACAAAAAGUGGGUUCAACACAUAUUGUAGAAAAUGAAGAUGUUAUUCAAGAAAUACAUGAAAAAACAAACAUACCUCUCCGUACAGUUGAGAACAACUUAAAAAAACUAAAAGAAACCGGAUCUACUAAACAUAAUCCACAAAAAGUGGGUUCAACACAUAUUGUAGAAAAUGAAGAUGUUAUUCAAGGAUCAAUUAAAAAUGAUUAUUUAUUGUCUCAUGUAAUUCCUAUUAAUAGCUGA